AUCAGCUGUCCAGUGACCAGACAGCUACUGUAGAAAGGUCAUCUCCAAACUCAGCCUGCACUCCUUCCUACCAGCCAUAGCUGAUUUCUUCAAAGAGAGGAAGAGACACCGUGUAAACGAAGAGAACAAAAGGGAAAUGGGGAAAGACAGAAAUCAGAAUGGCGGAUGAGGAAGACGAACUGGACGAGCAGGAGCUGGACGACGGCUCCGGCGGGACUGACGUCUGCCACGGAAGAAGAAAGAGGCUCUUCUCUAAGGAGCUCCGCUGCAUGAUGUACGGGUUUGGGGACGACCAGAACCCGUAUACCGAGUCUGUGGACAUCCUGGAGGAUCUGGUCAUCGAGUUUAUCACUGAAAUGACCCACAAAGCGAUGUCCAUCGGACGCCAGGGACGCGUCCAGGUGGAGGACAUCGUUUUCCUCAUUCGCAAAGACCCCAGGAAGUUCGCCAGGGUGAAAGAUCUGCUGACCAUGAACGAAGAGCUGAAGAGAGCCAGGAAAGCUUUCGACGAGGCGAAUUACGGCUCUUAAACUCACUUUACGUCACUUUUUUUUUUACCACAUACAUAGGCGUCUUCAUUCAAUUUGGCUGUUCAUUACUUUUAAUUUGCUGCCUUGUUAAAUAAUUGAUCUGUGUGACCUCUGUCAAAGUUUGUGCUGACUCUGCGUUAUUUGAGACAUGUGAUGACAUUAUUUUACAUAUGACAGUGAACAGUGACCUGAUUUCAUGCCGUCUGGGACUCUUGAAAUAAACUAAUAUACAUAUUGUUUUACUAA